AAUUCAGCCAGUAUUGCACAGCGCAGAAGCCCGUGUCAAGUGUUGUAAAGGAUUUGGGCAUAAAUAAUAAUUAAAAAGAAUAAAUAAUCAACAUGAGCUCCAACCAUCGUCCCCUAGACGAAUCCGACAUCCUGCUGAUUCGCACCAUUCGCGACACACCGUCGCUCUACGAUCCUCAACUGCCCUCCUUCCGGCUUUCACAGCGGAAGGAGGAGGAUUGGGCAAAAGUUGCGGACGUUCUCAAUAUCUCGACGACGGACGCACGGCGUCGUUGGACGUGCCUGCGGGACCGAUACUCUCGCGAGCUCAAGCAGAAGCGCCUGCAUCCGACUGGCGAGUUCGGGCACAAUGACUUCUUCAGGAAGAUGGACUUUCUGCGGGACUUUGUGCGAAAGAGGCGCGAGCGGCGGGGACGCGACCGUGAAAGGGACCAGAAGCCCGCAGGUUGGCUCAAGGUAGACAUGCGUCGGCGGCGCAUUCGCCUCCCCCUGGACAACGACACUUUGAUCGAGGACCGUGGCUCGCCGGAAUAUGAGGAAGGCGAGGACCAGUCCUACCAGGCCAAGUUGGAGGUGCAGACGACGCAUUCUGAGACCUAUUCAGUGCUCGUGGAGGCGGACGAUGGCCAAGAGGAGAACGAUCACGAGAGCUUCGAGGAGUUCGAUCCGGAGGGCGACAAUAAGGCCCUUUGCAGUACAGUGGUCACCCUCCAUUCGCAAGAUGCCACUGCCAAGGCCAGCGUCGUGCCGCCUGCGGAAACAAUCGACCCCAGCCAAGUGGACGAAAACGACUACGUAGUCUGCGUGGCCAAUACGAGCCAGGAGCGAGAGCAAUCUGCCGCAGAGAUAGCCACUUCGAAUACCCCGGAAACGGAGGAUGACUUCUUCUGCAAGUCCAUAGCUGCUUAUCUGCGCCAGCUGUCGCGCGUCCACAAGAUCAAGGCAAAGGUGGAAAUGUAUCAGAUACUGGAGAAAUAUAUACUACUCGAAGAGAGCGGGACCAAGGCAAGUGCGGGUUCCGGCGGGGCAUCACGGUCAGGCACUGGCUGAACAGGUUACAUAGCUACUUAUGUACAUAGUUUUUAAUAUAUAGUUUUUUAAUGCAGUACAAAUAUACAAAGUGA